AUGAGUUUUCAACUCCCACGUGAACAAUUUCGCACUAUGAUUUUAUAUGAUUGGAAAAUUGGCUUAACAUACAAGGAUAGCCAUACCCGUUUGUUGCAAGCAUGGGGGGAGCAAGCACCUUCUGAUCACACAGUCUUCAAUUGGUUUCGUGAAUUUCAACGCGAUAAUUUUAGUGUUCAAGAUGCUCCACGUUCAGGUCGUCCUUCAACAUCUGU